UUAAUUCGUCGAAAGGCGCGCGCCCUGACGCCCGGGGCUGGCCCAGUGCAUUUGAUUCCGAUCACGCUCGUUUACUAUCCCAUGGUGAAACAAAAAUAGAAAUAUCAGUGGCACACGAUACGGCCAGCAGUAGCCGCAGCAGCAGCCGUCGAAUGUGCGUGUUCCAAUUGAAAAUCGAAUUAUUAUUGAGAUUUCAACGAUUUACGGUGGCCUAAGUGGCAAAGGAAAGGCACAAUGAAAUGACCGGACCUCAGGUGUGGUUUUGGAAAUAGGAAAUAAAAACAGUGAAAAGCAGCACAAUUAGUACUGGCUGGUAGCAAAAUAUGUAAGAAUAACGUUUUGCAUGAAUCGUACCAGGACACUGUCCGGGAGUGUGUUCCAAGUGCGAAUGUUAGAAAAUGUGUCAAUCCGUUACGUUUCGUGCUGAACCGAAUGUACGUACGAGAAAGCGAACACAACGUCGAAAUGUCAUACCGCCGGUGUUGGAUGGAACACGGGCAGCAGCAGUAAAACGGUGUAAAAGUGUGAAGCCAUCCAGUGGCAGUGACUAUAGUUUACCAAAACGGGAAAAAUCCUUCACGAAGCCGAAGGGUAGUAGCUGGCAAGGAAGCACGACAUGCGUUUCGCACACAUAUGAAACACGCCAGCAAUGGAAUAAUUAGUCACUAUAUACCUAGCGGAGUAGCAGAAUUUACGGGAUCGACCAUGAUGAGCGAUGUGGAACGGUUGGGCACGUACGGUGCCGCAGAGGAAUGCUGCGAGAGAUGUGACUUGGGAAGUAAUAUUCUUUGGAGCUUUUUGAAGUGUGAGCUGAAGCAACGGUGGCUAUCGCUGCGGUUGCUUUGCUCGUAUUAUCUUCCCAUGCAAAAGCACACUUUUUCGCAACAUAGCUGCCUAAAUGCGGCUGCUGUUAGCACGACCGGUGCCGGUGACAGCCCGAGCAAUAGUGAUAGGGUUAACAAUAGCGUUAAGCAUAGUCAUAAGGAUAGACAGAGUUGCUACGUAGAAACUAAUAGUCGAUGGAGCAUUGUGCAAUGCUUUGCGAACGAGUACCUGUGGGGCGUUAGACGACACAGUCGAACCAGCCUGUGGAAGCGAUGGCGCUGGAAAAGAAUGUCAUCCAUCGGAAAGGCGCUCUUGUUCUUCUACAUUAUCACCAUAAGCAUAAUUGUUGUGGCUGCCCAAGGAGUGGAUUCUACGCAGGCAGCACAACGGACGGGCUCAUCGUCACCGAACGAGGAUGCCAUCAUAACGAGUCCUGGAAAAGUCUGUUCGAGCGUCGAUGUACGCAAUUCACCACAACAUUUGGAACGAUUACGUGACUGUCGAGUGGUGGAGGGCUUCGUGCAGAUUAUGCUGAUUGACAAGUAUACCAACGACAGCUACGACAAUUACACCUUCCCAAUGCUGACGGAAAUCACCGGAUAUCUGCUAUUGUUUCGCGUUAAUGGGCUGCAAACUUUGGGCCAGCUAUUUCCCAAUCUGACCGUCAUCCGAGGAACCGAUCUUGCCAACAACUAUGCGCUAGUAGUUUACGAAUUAAUGCAAAUAAAUGAGCUGGGCCUCACUUCGCUGAUCGACAUUCAACGAGGUGGGGUACGCAUUGAGAAAAAUCCUAACUUAUGCCAUGCAGAUACAAUUGAUUGGAAGGCGAUAGCGCCAGAAGGAGAAAGUUGGAUAAAGGCCAAUCAAGAUGCAAAUGAAUGUACUACCUGUCCAAGCAAUGUUACCGUUGCUCUUGCGAAUGGAAUGACGCACACGACACAGUGUCCGACGCGGGAGGUAAAUCGACUGACACACAACGAAAAGCCUAGCCAUCUCUGCUGGUCAACCAGUCACUGCCAGCAAAAAUGUCCUGCAAGAUGUCCGAAGUCGUGCACAAAAACGGGUGAAUGCUGUAGUACACACUGUCUUGGCCAGUGCAGCAGUGAAAACACAAUGCACUGCAUGGUAUGCCGGAAGUACUACUAUAUUCAAAACAAUCGCACCCACUGUGUAGACAAAUGUCCCGAUAGUAUGUUCUUGUUCAGCGAAAGUCGGUGUUUGACUGAGGACGAAUGUUACAAAUUGUAUAAGCCACUUCAGCGGGAAUCAGAUAUUACCGGCGAUUAUCCGUAUGUGCCUGCUCAGGGUGAAUGUCGGCUCGGUUGUCCCGUAGGGCACACCUUGGCGACCGUUGCCGGUACACAACGGCCGACCUGCGUUCCAUGCAAGGGUUCGUGUCGCACCGAAUGCAAGGGAAUGGUAAUUGAGAGCAUCUCGCAAAUGCAAUCACUGCGCGGGUGCAUGAUCGUACAAGGAUCGCUUUCUAUUCGGUUGCGGCAACUUGGUGGAGAAAAUGUUGUGCGCGAACUGGAGAAAGUGCUUUACUCGGUCGAAGAAAUCUACGGCUAUCUCCAAAUUGUUCGCUCCUACGCCCUGAUGUCAUUGGGAUUCUUUAGAAACCUGAAAAUCAUUCACGGUACCGUGCUAAAUGCCAACUUAUCGUUGAGUGUGAUCGACAACCAGAACCUGCAGGAGCUGUGGAAUCAAAAUGUUACCAUCAAGCAUGGUAAUGUGCGUUUCAAUGACAAUCCAAUGCUGUGCGUUAAGAAAAUUACUUCACUGAAAAGCCAUUUCGGAAAUGGUGUGAGCAUUGAAAAUGAGGAACAGUUAAACAAAACGAACGGUGUGCGGGUGGCAUGUGAAAUUAAAAAGCUUGGCACAAGGCCGGUCAAAAUUAAGACGGACACAGUUAUUAUACGAUGGGACGCGUUUAAAGAUCUGCCAGACAUGAGACAACUGCUCGGGUACGUCGUGUACUACAUUGAGGCACCGCACGGAAAUGUGACGUUUUAUGAUGGGCGCGAUGCCUGUAACUCUCAAGGCUGGCGUGUCGACGACGUACCUAACAUGCAAGAACGAGAAUAUGCGAGUCACAUUCUUACAAAGCUGAAUGCUUUUACGCAGUACGCAUAUUAUGUAAAAACGUACACAUUGUCUUCAGAGAACUUAGGUGGACAAACGGAUAUUACAUACUUUCAAACGUCACCAGGCACUCCAAAGAUCAUACGUGACCUGCACAUCUACAUAGAGAAUGAUACGUUGGUUGUCACAUGGUUAGAGCCGCUCAAAAUGUUGGGUAAAUUGUCAUCAUACAAAAUUGGUGUCACCUUAAACGACGAGAAAAAUGAGAUGAUCAAUCAACGGAAUUACUGUCACGAUGAAAUAGAAAAAAUCGAUUCAAAGCCAAACAUUCCGGUAGAAAGUACAUCAAUCGCUACGACGAUCUCCCCGGUUAAAGAAACGCAAAAUCAAUGCUCGAAGGAAGAGUGUGCAGCGUUCUGCUCUUCAUCGGGCAUGUUGGAUUCAGAUGGCGGUCUGAAAAUAGAUGUGAAUGAGGUGGAAAUGGCCAUAGGAUUUGAAGACUGGUUGCAUAAUUACGUUUACAUCAAAAAUGAAAAAGCCGGUAGAAAGCGUCGAGAUAACAGUAACCCCGGAGGAAGUUUUGCGGCAGUAAACAGCUCGAUUAUUUUUCCAGCGCAUACAGAGAACGCUCCGAAGAUAGCUUCGAAUUAUGUGACCGUACAAGAACCCAACGAAGAGUACUAUCGCACCAUCGGGGAAUCAACCAAUCUAACACGCAUAAAGUUUCCCCUGUCUUAUUUCAAACAUUUUGCGCUCUACUCCUUCAGCGUGCAUGCUUGCCGAGAGCCGGCUACGGAUGUGCCCGGAGCUUUGGUGCAAGAUUUGGCAGACCUUUGUGGCACACAAGUAAUGUCUAUGUAUCGUACACCGACUAAACAAGACGCGGAUGACAUACCGAUCGAAUCGAUUGAACUGGACGAUCAGUCUAAUCACACGCAGCGUGUGAUCCGUGUUCGGUGGCAGGGUCCUUCGAAACCCAACGGAGUAGUGGUAUCAUACUCGAUUAAGUAUCAUCGAACGGAUCUGGAUUCAGUGCAGCCGACUGUGCGCUGCGUUACGAUGGCGGUAUUCAAUUCGAGCGGAUACGCACUGCUGACGAAGCUAGAUGCAGGCAACUAUAGCGUACGUAUUAUGGCCACAACAACCGCAGGCAAUGGGCCGUAUUCUCCACCUAAAUAUUUGUCCCUGGAAAAGCGCGAUUCAGAUUCGCCCAGCGUAGGCAUGUGGGUAACUGUUGCAAUAGUAGUAGCGCUGGCUGCAACGGUGAUAGCAGUAGCAAUCUUCUGCGCGAUUAACAAAUAUAAGCAAAUGUCGAACAUGCGGCUCUUUGCGCAGGUUAAUCCAGACUAUGCUGGAGUUACCUAUAAGGUAGACGAAUGGGAAGUACCGCGUGAACACAUAAUCCAGUUGGAAGAACUCGGCCAAGGUUCGUUCGGUAUGGUGUACAAGGGUAUCAUGACGAAGCUAGGGAACGAUACGAACGUACCGUGCGCUAUUAAGACCGUCACGGAGAAUGCUACCGAGCGAGAGCGGGACAGUUUUCUAAUAGAGGCAACGAUUAUGAAGGAAUUUCAUACGCAUCACGUUGUUCGGCUCUAUGGUGUUGUGUCGGUUGGUCAGCCGACUCUCGUGAUCAUGGAGCUGAUGGCAAACGGUGAUCUAAAGAGCUACCUCCGACGCCAUCGACCGGACUAUGAAAAUGGCGAGGAAUCGUCACCGCAGCCUCCAACACUAAAGGAAAUUUAUCAAAUGGCCAUAGAAAUUGCGGACGGAAUGGCGUACCUAUCGGCAAAAAAAUUCGUCCAUCGUGACUUGGCUGCCCGGAACUGUAUGGUGGCCGAGGAUCUAACAGUAAAAAUAGGUGAUUUCGGUAUGACCCGAGACAUAUACGAAACUGACUAUUAUAGAAAAGGUACGAAGGGAUUUCUACCAGUGCGAUGGAUGGCUCCAGAGAGUCUGAAAGAUGGCAUGUUUUCGAGUUGCAGCGACGUUUUCAGCUAUGGCGUUGUGCUGUGGGAGAUGGCGACACUCGCUUCCCAGCCGUACCAGGGAUUAACCAAUGACCAAGUAUUGCGAUAUGUCAUAGAUGGUGGCGUGAUGGAACGUCCUGAGAACUGUCCGGAUAAGCUCUAUGAACUGAUGCGAAUUUGUUGGCAGCACCGGGCGUCCGCACGACCUUCGUUUAUCGAAAUUAUCAAAAUGCUGUUACCGGAUGCGAAUGAUCAUUUCAAGAUGGUAUCCUUCUUUUACUCUCAAGAUGCCAUUGAUAAUUCCGUCCAGCCUGGACUCGCAUUAUUGGACGAUGUGACAGAACCGUUACGGGCGAACGAUGACGGAUUCGAAGACGAUGAUGAUGAUCAUUAUUCAAUCGAAGAAACGGACAGUAGGCUUAUGCAGACUAAUGGGCCCAAGCCUGAUAUUCGGUCGCCGCACUCGCCGCAACGGUGAGCAAAGUCUUCAAGUGGCUAAAUU